AUGUACAAGACCUUAAAUUCAACACAUGUUCGUCAUUUGGGAUUGAGAACAAACGGCUCUGCCGUAGCAUUUCGUCGUGCUCACCAACAACAUCGCCCUGCCACUGCCGCCAUCUCCCUCCGUCUUGUCAUGCUUCGACCCAAUGCUGCAGCACAGAGAGGUCUACAUUUGAAUAGACAACUUGUACGCACAGAAGGAAAAGCCAGCAAAGCAGUAGCCGAGGAGAAGGAGACCAUGACAUCCCGUGCUGCUGCACUCGCUAAGGAGCAACAAGCCAAGGCCGCCGCUGCUGCUGCUGGUACAGCCGCUCCUCCUACGAGCAAUGCCAUCAAGCCCAAAAAGACAUUGUGGACCAAAGUCAAGGAAGAGGCAGUUCAUUACUGGCAUGGCACCCAGUUGCUCGGUUUUGAGAUUAGAGUUUCAUCCAAGCUUACAUGGAAGUUGUUGAAUGGAGGCAAAUUGACCAGAAGAGAGCAUCGUCAAUUGCGUCGUACUACAUCUGAUCUUAUGCGACUUGUGCCAUUUGCAUUCUUCCUUAUUGUGCCUUUUAUGGAACUUUUAUUGCCUGUUGCCCUUAAAAUUUUCCCCAACAUGUUGCCCAGUACUUAUGAGAGCAAGUCGCAAGAGGAAAAGAAGAAGAUGGCAUUGCUGAAGGUUCGUUUAGAGAUGGCCAAGUUCUUGCAAGAAACUAUUUCCGAAUCGGGCUUCCCCGGUUCUGAUCAUGAAAAGGCGGCUCAAGAGUUUGCCGAUUUCUUUAGAAAGAUCCGUAUGACAGGUGAACAAGCCUCCACUGAAGAUUUGUUGAAUGUCGCCAAACGUUUUGAAGAUGAACUUACCCUGGACAAUUUGUCAAGACCCCAGCUUGUCUCCAUGUGUCGCUACAUGAACAUCAAUGCGUUUGGAACGGACAACUUUUUGCGUUUCCAAAUCAGAAACCGCAUGCGUCAAAUCAAGGCAGAUGACAAGGUCAUUCAAAAUGAAGGUAUUGAAACAUUGACUAUCCAGGAACUUCAAAAUGCCUGUGCUUCUCGUGGUAUUCGUUCCGUUGGCACAUCUCCAGGUCGUCUUAGAGACGAGUUGGCUCAAUGGCUUGAACUGCACAUUGAUCACCACGUGCCUGGUACCCUGUUGAUCCUCUCCAGAGCUUUCAGUUACACCGAUCGUGGCAUGACCACUGAGGAGGCAUUGAGAGCUACUUUCAACAGUUUACCCGAUAACCUUGUCAAUGAAGCCGAACUUCAAGUCUUGGAGCAAGUGGGUGCUAGUACUUACAAGCAAAAGUUGGAUGUCUUGGAGCAACAACAAGAAUUAAUUGAGGACGAAUCUGAGCAAGAAGAAAAGGAGGAGAAGGCUAGAUUAGAAGCUGCUCAAUUAGCCGAAGAAGCUCGUUUGGAGGCAGAGAAGAAGGAGCGUGAAGAGGCAGAAAAGAAGGACGCAUUUGUUGCUGAUGAGCCUGCUGUGUCAGAUGAGCAAGCCGAUAAGAAGGAGGAAAGAAAGACAGAAGACAAGCAGCCGUCUACAUUAGCAGCAGAGCCUCAAGCCGACACAACAAAGGCCGAAGAAGAGCCUUUAUCUGCUGAACAACAAUCCGAACUUCAAGAUGCAUUGACCAAGUUGCGUACCAAGGUUAAUGUUCUGGAGGAACGUGCUCAAUUCAACGAGAUCAAGAUUCAACAUGAGGAUUACAAAGAGCUUAUUGAAGAACUCAAGGACGCUACCAAGCGUGAUGCUGAUAAGGCAACACUGCGUAUGGGCAAGAAAUUGGAAAAGAUGCUGGCUACUAUUGACAAGGAAUUGGACGCUCUGGAAAAGGAGUCUUCAACAAAGGAAGUCUCUGCUGAAGAAAAGAAGCAAGAGGAGCCUGCUGUUGAAAAGGAAGAGACUAAGAAAGAGUAA